CUGUGUGAAAAUUUUCAGUGUGUGUGACCAGACACUUUGCGUGCGCGAGUGUUGGUUUUAGUAUAUAUCGAUUUGAGCCCUUUUGAUGGAAAUACAGUAUACAGUAUUCAAUGAGGUCAAUUGCUAAGUUAAAUAUGUAGCCAGCUGAUGAAUUUUGACUGCGGUGUACGUUCUAUUCGAGUCCACAGACGAGGACACAUCUACCAAUACAAGACUCCUUCCUCCCCGCACCAGGAAAGCAAAAUCAAAAUGGGAUUCUUAUCAGAGCGUGUCCAGCGCUUGUCAAACUGCGUUGCGAGAGUUUGAAGAGCGUAAAAUAUAGUAACAGAUGAAGGCCGCUGGUUCUCAAACUGCUACGCCGAGCAAGCAUGAGCCAAUGUCGAGAGGUCAGGAGAGACCUUUGUGACGCGAAAUUAUUAGGUAGUCCAAAGCGAUGAACAGGGACGAACAAGAGGUAUUGUAUCGGCAGUCGCGCAAUUUGCGCGUGGAGCCCGCCCAACAGAUAAACAACGGCAGCAGGCAACGACACUCGCACGGCAGUUUACAACAGGAAGAUUCUCGUCCCGUUCGUCAGUCAGCCAGUAGUCGAUCGUUUACCGAAGACGGAGUUCAUUGCCUCAACAAUGGUGCAGGCGGAGGAGGUCACGACGAGGCGCUCGCCCUGUCCGUCCUCAGGAGUCCCCUGCACGCCGACACACCGCAAGCCUACGCUCAGAAAGGAUUGAAAGCUUUGAAUCAAGCUAGUUUAUGUGUAAGAUCUAUAAAACUAUAUUUCAAUAAAUAG